CGCAAGAAUAAAAUGUCAAGAGCGUGCGGAUGGGAUUAAAAAAAAAAAAAAAAGACCGCGCGGACGGUUUAAAAGUAAAAAAAUUAAUCAGUCAAUAAAUAAAUAAAAUGAUGUUAGGACGGCGUGCCUCCCUCGACUUUGAACUGAGGUAUGUUUGUGAAGACCUCAUUCGCGGGUGUGAAGAAGAGGAAGAAGGAGGAGGAGGAGGAGGACAUUUCGAACUAAGGUAUGGAGGAGGAGGAGGAGGAGGAGGAGGAGGAGGAGGAGGAUUUGAACUAAGUAAGAAGAAGAAGGAGGAGGAGGAGGAGGAGGAGGAGGAGGAGGAUUCAAACUCAGGUAUGCUUGUGAAGACUAAUUUAAUGAGUGUGAAGAAGAAGAAGAAGGAGGAGGAGGAGGAGGAGGAGGAGGAGGAGGAGCAAGAGGAGGAGGGGGAGAAUUCGAACUGAGGUAUGCCUGUGAAGACUUCAUCCAUAGGUGCGAACCAUUAAGCACCUCUUA